UCAACUCCUCCCCGACUGCAAGCGCUACUCUUGUCGGUCGUCUCAUGCAGCCGCAGUCCAUGUCGAAACGCACCUAGUGUCCUGUUUGGCAGCCUGUCAUCAGAUGGCCAAGAUAUGAAGUCAACGGAGGUAGAGCAGCCGAGGACUCUGUCUUUGCAAGAACAGCGACUCCGUAUACAGCAACUAGAGCGACAGAUCCAGGCAGAAUGUACUGCAGCAAAAGAGAUCCUUGAGAAUGACCAGAAAUCCUCUCGAGAUGGUAAACCAUUUAGACGGUCAUUGCCCAAACCUGGACUACCACUGGAGAGCCUACUGGAGAAGGAACAGCGACGACUGUGUACUCUGAUAAAGCAGUUUAAUGGGCUGAAGUUUGCUGUGAAGGACAAAGAGUCCCAGCUACUGGAGUUGGAGCAGGAAAGGAAGGCUCUGAAGCUGGAGUCCACACCUGCUGACAGUGAGCACCAAUAUGAACAGAGGUUGAGGCAGUUGGAAAACAGUCUAGCGAAGAUGACUGUCAAGAUAACCGAAGCAGAGAAAAUCCAGAACACCUACAUAAAACUCAGCGAGCACCUCAGCUGGGAAACACGUGAGAUGCCCAAGAUUCUGGAUCAGCUUCAGACGUCAGUGGUGCUGGGAGAGACAGAACUGACCAGGGUGGCCCGAAUGUCCCAGGUGGCUGUGACUGCUGUGGACAGCACCAAGGGACAGCUCCUUCAGAUGGAAAGACAGCUGAUGGUUGAGCGCAAGCUGAUGGAGGCAGAGCUGACUGGCAGGAGGCUUGAGAAAGCAAGGGAGGUGGAGGGAAGGAUAGAACGAGAGAAGGAGGGAGAACGGAGGGGCAGCAGAGGGCCACAUAAGUUGAAAGAGCAGGGCCGGAAGUCUGGGAAAGAGGCACUGACUGAACUGACUGAUUCAGCUCCUCUCAGAGCUCAUCAGUCUACUCCCAGCCCCAGCACUCCCCAGUUCAUAGUCAAACUGGUGGAGGACACAGAUGCUUUGAGAGAGGCUCUAAGCUGCACUGAUCUGCAAGAGCUGGAGAACCGCCUGGUCUCCCAAAACGCCACCAAAGAGCAACUCUACAGUCAGAUGAUGCAGUAUGAGGAUGUGGUCAAGCAGAGGAUGGACACCCUAGCUGCCCUGGAGCUGCAGUACGCCCAGCUCAAGUUCAGUGUGGGCCCCGGCUCUGAGAGGCACGAGCGGUUGGUUGAAGGGUUGAAGGCGGGGAUUCAGCAGGAAGAGGAGCGCUGUGGCCAAUGGGAGGCCCAGCUGAGUAAGGCCCAGGCAGUACUGCAUGCAAUGGAGCAGGGAAUCAACAACCUAUACUUCCGAAUCAUCUGUGUGCCAACAGACAAGGAGUUUUCCAGAGAGACAAAUUUGAGCACCAUGGAAAAACUGCAGGAAAUCAAUGCCCUUCUACCCAUCUUGCAUGAAGAGGCCUUGCGCUCAGCCGAGGAUAGCAGCCCCGACCAGGAGAAGGCGUGGCAUUUCCUGGAGCAGAGCACCCUGCAGGAGCCCAGGAACUUCAAGAGGGCCAGCAGUCCAGUGUACAACAGCACCUCUGAAGACACUUUCCAGUUCCGCAGUCAGGAAGAAGACUGCUCUCUGUCCCGUGAGGAGGUCAAGCGCCGCAGCAUCCAGCUGAUUGAGUCCCAACAACACAAGAAGAAAGCCCAGAAGAGCUCGAAGAAGACUUAAACACUAUAGCACACCAAUAAGGACCAGGCAGCAACACAGCUGCAAACUACUCACAGCCCACAGGAAAUAUGUCUGAGGAAAUAAACAGUAGCAGGAAACAUUUUACAUCUUUGUUUACUGUUUGUCUAUCUGUGAUAUUGUUACAAUCAAGGGACUGGUAGGUUAAAUGAAAAGUGAAAUUGAAUUCUAUGAUCACAGACAUACUGUAUGUUCUGCCUGGGUCAAUUGCGUCCUCAGCUAAGAAACAUUUAUAUUUGGGUUGGGUUGUUCAAACCAAUACCUAACCCUAACCCUUGAAACUAUGGAGACAUCUCUUAUUCAGCAGCUAUAUAUUAUGGAAUGCCAACUAGACUAAUAAGUAGAUUUAUCCCUGCACAUUUUUUGUUUACCAUGGGGUGGAAGCAUUGUGCAAAACAUUUAGCAGUAGAUACGUAGCGGAUGUAGUAUGCCGCGUGAACCAACUAAUAUGAGUGGACAAGGAGCUGGGGGAAGGGGAGUUCAUAAUGCAUAAUGACAUGCUUUGACAUUUCCUUCCACAGUAUGAUGAUUAAAUCAUAAUAUGUGAUCAACAUCCCCCUUCCCCCCCCCACCCACCUCCUCUCAUAAAUAGGUGCACUACUCUUUGAUUAGUCAUCUUAUUAGGGGAAAUUGGGUCAGGAAAGAAGAAACUUGAGUGACUGGAUUGAGCAAUGCGAGACAGGCUUAUCUGGGCAAGUGAAAUCAAUGAAGCAUGUGACUGGGAGUCCCUGGUACCUCUUGGUCUAGAGCUGGAUGACCUUUCUAGGGACUGGUAUUUCUAUGGGAAAACAACACUUUUUAUCUACACAAGACAAAGAGAGCCCCCAGCCACCAACAGAAUGAGCUGAAA